AUCUCAUUUCGUUUUUAUCGGUUGUUCGAGACAGUAACCCUUGUUUUACCAUCCGUUUUUUCUAUCUUCGACCCUCGUGUUCGCUGUGUAUCCACCCUCGCGUCGCGUUCGAAAAGUGAUUGCAUCUCUCCAUUGUGUGAAUUCCAGUUUUUCUUUUUUUUUUAUUUCUGGGCGUUACUAUUAUACAGUUUUCUUGAAGUAUAUUACUUCUUUCGAUAGUUUCCUUUGAUUCUAAGGAAACGCCAGUGUUUGAAAGUGUGACGCGGAAUUUCGACCGUCGGUUUAUUGCUAAUCGCACGUGAUUCGGUUUGAGAAGUGUUAAGUUUUUUUUCUCGGCAUUUUUACGGGUUUUUCUACGGUUGAAAAACGAAAAUUUUAUUCUAUUGUGCCCGAAAGUUUUGUGAUUUGAAUUCCAAGAAAGUUUUACGCCCUUCCCCCCGCCCAAGGCCACCCCACCGCAGUUGAGAUGAAGUUGCUUUCAACGUACCAGAACAACCGUCACCGGUUCUUCAACCCUUUUAGCCAGCAGCAACAGCACACCGCAAUCGAUGCCGAGCUAAACGAAAUUGCCCUCAUGAAUAUGAACAAUAACAACAGCAGCACCGCCAACAACAACCUCAGCCCCGCCAGCAACAAUAACAAUCAUACCACGCUGAACAACAACAACCCCAAUGUGAUAAACCAGAACAACCCGAGCAUCAUCAGCGGCAGCCUCAGCAGUAGUAACAGUAGCGUCAACCAGAUCCUGGACGGCAGCUUGCAGCAGCUGAUAGCGUCCCCCCGGAAGUCCCCGCCCGGCUACGGUGUCGUGAGCGGCGACGAGGACGGCGGGGACGAGAUCAUCCGGGAUCAGCCGGAUCCGGACUAUAUCAAGAUGUUCGUCGGGCAGGUCCCGCGUUCGAUGGACGAACAGCAGCUGAAGGAGAUGUUCGAGGAGUUCGGCCGGGUGCACCAGAUCAACGUUCUGCGGGACAAAACGUCCGGGCUGAGUAAAGGGUGCUGUUUUGUGACGUUUUACACGAGAAAAGCGGCCCUCAAGGCCCAGGAUGCGCUGCACAACAUCAAGACGCUUGUGGGGAUGCACCAUCCGAUCCAGAUGAAACCUGCCGAUAGUGAAAACAGAAACGAACGAAAACUGUUUGUGGGAAUGCUUAGUAAAAAGUACAACGAGAACGAUGUGAGGCAUCUGUUCUCCGGCCAUGGUUCGAUCGAGGAGUGUACGGUGCUGCGAGAUCCAUCCGGACAGAGCAAAGGCUGCGCUUUCGUCACGUUCAACAGCAAACAGGCGGCCAUCGGGGCUAUAAAGGCGCUACACCAAAUUAAAACCAUGGAGGGGUGCUCUGCCCCGCUGGUGGUUAAGUUUGCCGACACGCAAAAGGACAAGGACGCCAAACGGAUGCAGCAGAUGCAGUCGAACCUGUGGAACAUUGCCGGCAUCAACCAGCCGAUCACGCAAUCGGUGACGCCUCUGACCGCGCCGGCCACCGGUCACCAUCCGAACCCACCGCAGCAGCAGACGCCAUUCCUGGCGGCGGAUGCCAUCUCGCCGGCGUCGCUGACGUUGCUGCAGCAGCUCCAAGCGGUGGCCCAGCAGCAGCAGUUUUUGCAGGGUCUCGGUGCCCAGACUGAUACGACGACGGCAGCAGCCGCGGCCGGACUGUUGAGCCCGCUGUCGAUGCAGAACCUGGUGACGCUGGCGGCCAUGACGCAACCGUCCCUGCAGGCUGCCGCCGCCCAAACGCCCACCGCGGCCAUUACCAACGCAGCGACCUCACUGUGGACCGCAGGAACCGAUGCCACCACUCUGACGCCGUACGCCGCCCUGCCCCAGUUUGGCUCGGCGGCAGCAGCAGCAUUCACCACAACGCCUUUACCCAAUCCUACGAUGGCACAGGCAGUGGCCGCGGCCGCUGGAAAGCAGAUCGAAGGUCCCGAGGGGUGCAACCUCUUCAUCUACCACCUGCCGCAGGAGUUCACCGAUACCGACCUGGCGUCGACGUUCCUCCCGUUCGGCAACGUGGUGUCCGCCAAGGUGUUCAUCGACAAGCAAACCAACCUGUCCAAGUGCUUCGGCUUCGUGUCGUUCGACAAUGUGGCCUCGGCGCAGGCCGCCAUCCAGGCGAUGCACGGUUUCCAGAUCGGCACCAAGCGGCUGAAAGUGCAGCUGAAGCGCUCGAAGGACGCAUCCAAGCCGUACUAGAGCCGGGGCCAGAAAAAGUGUGAGGCAGGAAUUCUCAGCGCCAGUCGCGAAAAUCAGGAGAAAGUACUAUUUUUUUUAUAGCGGAAGGACCGGUGUGGAGCGCAAAUUGUGCCGAAGGGGAGCAGCUUCUACGUUCGUUCGUCGUUCUGUUCGUAACUUGUCUUGUUCUACGAUAAAGAGAGGAAAGGAACGUUAUAUGUAAUUGUUUCACGAUUAGCUUAUUUUACAUCAGACAGCACACAUUGCAAGGCGAGUAAGGGAGGAUGAAAGAUCUAUCGCUCGAGGGUGACCCCUCGGACACAAAAAGACAAACAAGACAGACAAGUGGACAAGGUUGUGUAUGGAACGUUUUCAAUGUCCUGUUUCCGGAUUCAAUUGAUGGCCGUUUUCCUGUUUUUUAUCUUUUUCCUUUUCGGUUAACGUUAUUUUUCGUUACUUGUUUUAUUGAAUGGAGAAUACCAAAAAUUCCAACUACACAAAAACAAACAUACUAAAAAUGGUAGAAUCAACGCAAAAAUGUUAGAAGAAAGCACAAAGCAAAUGUAGAAAAGGAAGAAAAAGGUAACACCGUGUUCGUAGGACGGAUUUUGUUGAGUAGUUUAUUUUUCAUUCACGUUCUAUAUUUUUUACUUACAAUUAUUAUUAUAUUAUUAUAAUUAUUUCACCGUCAUGUAGAAAAGAGAGAAUCGUAGAUUUAGAGCCUGACGGCUGGAAAGUGCGCUGAGCGGAGUCGCGUCCCUUGGGAAGUUUUACUGUUUAAUACACUCGGUGUUCGGUAUUCGGCAGAUCACGCAGAAUGUUACAAAGUGCAAAUUUUUGAUAUAUAGAUGUUUUAUAAUCAAAGUGAGUGCAAUUCCUACGGGGACCGAUGUCUGCGCGCGGAACCUUUCCAGGGAGAAACCAAAGGCUAGUAGUCAGCUUUUGUUUUGUUGAUUGAUGCUUAUUUUUACCAACCCCAAGUGAACUAGAAUUCGUUUUAUACCCUACACCCCUACACGUUGUAAUAGUAGUAGCAGCUAUCAGUAGCCUGAAAAAAAGUGAAUUAAUUGUUAAACUCUUUGUACCAAUCAUAUUUUUUACGUUUAAGCCAAACUAUCCCAAGUGAACUCCAUAUUUUGAAUUUGAGUUACGUUAUUUUGUUUUUCUCUAUACCCAGUUGUGCAGCAAGAGUAACGUUUAAUAAUUUAUUUUCGUACAUUGAUCAACACGCGGAACAUUAAAAAUCUAUUAAUUAGUAGUUACACGUAUAUGCAUUGGUUAAGUGAAACAAAUGCAAAUGAUAAAAAAAAGCCAGUGGGACUUAGUUGUUAACGUGUAGAGCCAAUUACCAAUCGAACCGUUUGAAAGCGCACCGCGUGAUAAAACAAGAAAAAGAGACAGCUAGACCAAAUGUGUUACUAGUGAAAGGUUAUGUAUACAUGUAACUAUUUAUGUAUAAUCAGAUUAAAUGUCACUCAUUCAUUAUUCAUUUCCCAGCAUCAGCGCACCAUUAUUAAUUCUAUUAAAAUCUGAAAUUGCUAUCAAUUUAGUUCCAUGGUCCGCCGACACCCAACGGAAUCGGAUUUAGGUGUUCGAACGUGGCACGAAGAACUAUGACAACCACUUUGCAUGUGGACCGGCUAUUGAUUGUGCUUUCCGGGAGGAAUCGACGAGGGGAUUGGCAGUUGUGAAGAGGGUGAAUUAGAGUUCUUAAUCGGCAUGUUGCUCAAAUACUGGCAAUAACUGAUCCACAAAACUUUUAUAACAAUGCGAACCGUUCAUACUUUAUUACAAUCAUACUAACAAUUUAAUGAAAUUAUAGAACAAUUUCUUACCAAGCUUUGUUAGCGAUUUUAUAAUGUGUGUAUAAGGGACCCCCUGGACAAAGACCCAAAUUUAACGCUGCUAUCAACGGUUUCCUGUAAACUUCCUUCGAAUAAAAUUACUUUACAUACCACGAUAGUAUUUCCUAACAUUUUGUUUGGAUUGGGAAACUGAAAUUUAGUAAUAUUAUCUAUUUUGUAAAUGUAAACACGCUAAUGGGUCCAUUACACACAUAGGAGUCCAUAGUAGGCAUAAGGAACAUGUAAAUUAAAAGGAGGUCAAUUGUAGACACGUAAACAAACGCGACAUUGCUAUGCAUUCCUUGGCAAAUUCUUCCAAGAAUUCCUCAGUGAAAUCUUUCAGGCAUUCCUUCAUGUUUUUUUCCAGGAAUUCAUUCGGGAAUUCUUUCUUGAAUUCCUUUGGUAGUUUCUGCUAGGAAUAUCUUUAGGAAUUCAUCUCGAAAUUCCUCCGGAAUUCUUUCUAAAGUUCCUCCAUGAAUUGUUCCUAAAGCUCCUUCGUAAAGUUUUUCCAAUAAUUCCCCGGAAGACUCCAAGAAUGGAAAUAUACCCUGGAAUUCCUCUGGCAGGCCUGAUAGCGAGUCACUUUUUAGUGACUUGGUCACUUUUUUCGGGCAAGUCACUAAAAAGUCUCUAUUUUCGACCUCAAGUCACUAAAGUCACUUUUUCUCGCAAAAAGUCACUAUUUUCAACUAUUUUGAAACUAUUUGACUAUUUUUGAAUGAAGCUUUAUAUAUAAGUCGAAUGAUGCUUUGUUCAUGAAAUGAAAUGACGGAUCUUGAAAAAAUGAUCGCUCUGAAACUUCACCAGCCAUUUUACUCGUUGCUCUUAUUGGCAUUUCACCAGUAGCUAAUUGACCUUUACUCAAUCGAUUCUUUAUUUUAUUAAAAGUUAACUUUCCCAAAAAACCUAUAUUUUUGACGCCUCCAAGUAUUUUUAAAAUUUAAAACAAAACAUUAAAAAAGUGCUGUUUUUCGAGACUGGGCUAACAUCCGCACGAUUUUGAACGAACAGCGGGUGAAUUUUACUGUCCGGCUCACACGUGCAGCUUUUUUUUUAACUUUUGUUUUCGAUUUUUAAAAUAGUGAGACGCUUGAGAGAGAGUUGAAAGAGAGAGAAAGUUGACAUUAAAUAAGCCAAAGAAUCGAUUGAGACAAUAAAACGAGAUGCAAUUUUUGACGGGAAAGGAUAUAGAUAUUAUAUAAAGGGGAUAGCGUUUUCCAAAUUUUGAAGAUUACAUGCGCUGAGUUACAUCGAAAAUGAGAAAAGUGGAUUAAGUCUGCCUAGUCUCCCCUAUCAAUUGCACUAUUGGCGGUUCAGAUUAAUCUUUUCAAUUUUAGAUAUUCUGCCAUGGUGCUUCAGGGAAACUAAUAGUUGAUGAAAGGCUUGUUAUUUAACGCAUACCUAAAACAAACAUGCUUAUCAGUUUUUUAUAACAGCAAAUUGUUUUUAUAUUGUUUUUUGUAUCACGAGGUCUUAGAAUCAUAGGGGCGUAACUGGAUCAACCCAUUGCUCUUCGUCGAUGUUUUCUUUUUAUCAUUGUAGCGAAUUGGGUCCUAAAGCCCUACCUUGUUUAUGGUUGCAAACGAUAGUGCAUCGGUCAAGAAUACUUGAACCGAUGUUUUUAAAAUUCUGGUCUAAAUCAGUAAAAAUGAUAUUUUUGUGUUUGAGCCAUUUUAAGGCAAAUUUUGGGCUGUGCAACUUUUGUUGCUGAAAAGGCAACAUUUCAGAACGAAUGAAUCAUCCCAAAACGUCAGAUCCAUAUAUUAACUGUCAAAGGUUGCGUCGAGUGCCCUGCGGUGUUUUGCUAGUACGUUUGAAUCAUAUUAUUCCGUACGUCAAACAAGACCGAAAAUGUCGAGGAAGCAUUUUCCAUUUAUUUUUAAAUUUCAAAUUAAACAUUGUUCAUUUCGAUUUUUGAGUCGAAAAAAUAACUGACGCGUUCAGGAUGAUUAACUUCAUCUUUCCCUGAAAGAAAAUCAAAUAUCGAUUCUUCAUUUUAGGACCCAAUUGCGGUAGUUUGCCCAAGAUUUAAUGGUUUGGUCUUUGGUGGGAUAAAGGAUGAUGGUAUCUUGCACCAGACGCAACAAUCACGGUUGUAACUGUUGAGUUAUUAACGAAGUUUUGGUUCUCACCGCGUGAAAUUUUGUUAAAAUAAAAAUAUUUAUUUUCUCAUCGAAAUAAUGAUAUUUGCAUUUAUGAUUGUACUGCAAUCGAAUUGAAAGGCUAUACAUUAAAUAUGUAAGGGAUCCCCUGUAAGACCAUUAGAAAAUAAAAGCCGUUUUCCCUCCCAACAUCCACUUUGAUCGAUAUUUUGUAAUUUUUCCAUAUAUAUUGUGAUGAUAAUUUAUACAUUUGAAAUAGCAUAAAUGUAAAAGAUUUCAAUCGCGAUUUUUUUUAGAUUUUGUUAGAUUCGUUAUAUUUUGAUAACUUUAGAAUUUGAAGACGAGCCCGACGGUCCUGUAUUAUAACUAGGAGGUCGAGCGUUCAAUCCCAGGUUCGUUGUAACUGAAUUUUCAUAUUUUCGUUUCGUUUUCUGCGCAAACGAUCCGUACUUAUGUUACUUUCGCACUAAAAAUUCCAAAUCUGCAUCUUUCUUAAGUAGGUGUUCAGCUAAUCCAGUGAUCGUAAUUUUCACUCAUCCUCACGAAAAGAGAAUGUUCGUUCACGCAGAUUUUUGCCUAGAAAUCAUUUUUAUGGGAAGAAAAACAGGUCUUAUGGAUAGAUAACAAUGUUUCGCUCACUUCCAGUGGCGCAAACAUUUGAUUUGCUCGCAUGACUACACAAAAGUACGCGUGCACUAAUUUCGUAUCUCUUCGGAGUGCGUUAUGAGAGAGUGGUGAGUGAAUGAUGGUUUCCACCACAAAUUACGUCUCAUCGAAAUUGAAACAGAAACUGAAAGUCACUAUUUGGUCACUUUUUCUGCAACUGAAAGUAACUAUUUGGUCCGUUUUUUCGUCAGCUUUGGUCACUAAAGCCACUAUUUUCAGCGGCAUUGGUCGCUACCAGUCCUGCAUUUUCUCCAAAAAAUCUUUCGGAAGUUCCUCCAGCAAUACCUCUGAAAGUUCUUCCUCCAAGAAUUCAUCUAGUAGCUCUUCCAGAACUGACGGAACUUCAGGAAGAAUCCAAGCAGUACUUCUGAAGAAAUUUAGGAGACAUUUCCGGAGAAAAAUCCCUUUAAGAAGGAUUUCCGUAGGAACACCUGACGGAGCUUCCGAAGGAAUUUCUGAACGUACUCUCAGUGGAAUUCCUAAAGAAAUUUUCGGAAGAAUUCCUAAAGGAACUCUAGGAGGUAAUUUUGUGAGUAUUCCUGGCGAAAUUUUCCCAGAAAUUCUUGAAGGAAUUUCCAGAGGAAUACCGUCAAACGGGGUGACUUGCAACACUUGCGUUUUCCACAAGUUUUUGUUUUUUUUAAAUUUUCCCCCAGCGGAGGAACAGCUGAUACACGAUAGUUUUAUUUUUCAAAAACUGUAGAUUCAGUUUUUAAACAUUUUUUCAAAACUAGCAUUGAUUUUAUGUUACCGAAUUCCUUUACCAUGCCACGAAACUACAAGAAACCUGCAGAAAAUCGCAUGUAUGCUAAUUUUUCAAAGGAAACUUUGAUGAAGACAGCGGUAGAUGUUUAAAAUAAAAACAAAUUGUUUAUCCGGGAAGUCGCUUGGCGGUACGAUUUGUCCGCAACUAUAAUUUCACAUUAUCUUGAUACAGAAACAGUAAAACUAAGACUUACGGUGGUCGAAUGGUUUUGAAUCCCCAAGAAGAUCCAACAUUGGUGGCUGGUUUGCUGCUUGCUGCGGUGUGGCAAAUACCUUUUUAAAAAAAUUAUCUUGACAUAAUCGUGGCGGGGAAAGAAAGGAGAACCGUUUUAAAAACAAUUAUCCAGGGAAUGACUGAUGGUGCACGCCAUUCUUAAACCGACAUAUAUCACUUUCAAACCGAUAACCGAUUAAAAAAAAGCGAAAUGAGGGGCCCCUGAUCCUCUAAGUAAGGCCUCUGCAUUGACAGUGGUGAAGAAUGACCCAGGAUGAAAAAUUACUAUAAUUAAGUUGUUCUAAAACAUGUUACGAUUGAAUUCGAUGAAGUGUUGCAAGUCACCCCGCAGUAAGGGUGGCUUGCAACACCCAUCAUUUUGAUAUUAUUUUCAUAUUUUUAUUAUUGUUGUAUAUCUGAUUAUAUGUCUAAUCAUUAAUAUUAAGUCACAUUAAAAGUAUCAUAUACUAGAAUGAAUAAAUCUUUUUAAUUCAGAAUUAUUGAGAGAGAAACUUGAAAAGUGUCACCCCGUGUGACGGUACCUGAAGGAACUUUCGGUGGAAUUCCUGAUGGAACAUUCUGAUAAAUCCCUGAAGGAAUUUUCAAAGGAAUUCCUUAAGGAACUUUCGAAGAAUCUUACGGGCGAAUACAUGGAUUACCGCAUGAAACCGUGUAGGGAGGAAGAAAAUGCUGGAUAAAUUACUGCAAGUAUUUCCGUAAAAACUACUGCUAAAAUUUGCGGAUGAUUUCUUUGAGGAAUUUCUGGAAGAAUUCCCUGGGAAAAAAUCGGAAAAAUACUGGAGGAACUUCGAAAGAAUUUGCUGGUUGGAAUUCUUUUUUUAUUUAUUCGUUUAUGUAGAGGCUCACUCGUCGUAUAAGAGCUUAACAGAGCCGAGAUUCCCGCCCAUGGUGUCUGUAGAGCACCAUUAAAUUUUGCACCUUCUAACCUUCAUCAAAUUAUUUUAACAACCAAAAGCAAUAUCUGGCACAUCUUUAUGGUUCCAGUAGACAGCAAAUAUAAUCAAUUUUGAGUACAAAUAGUUAAACUAUUAAAAUCUCAGUGUUUUUUUUUUUUCAACAAUUCGACGAAUGGCAGUCCCCAGUCGACGUCUAUAGGUAUGAACUAGGGUGGUCUAACCGGUAAUACCGGUAUUACCGGCCAAUUUUGAGUACCGGAAAUACCGGUUUUAGAGACGGAAAAUACCGGUAUUUCCGGUAUUUCAAAUUUCGCUGUUGGUAUAAAAAUCUCGAAUAAUAGUUUUCAGUUAAGCUAAAAAUUCACCGCUAAAAAUGCCGUAAUAGUUCUCUUCCGGUGAUAACAUGUGAAAAAUGAUUUGCUGCAAAAAUAUGUCUGUUCUCGAUUCGGAAAAAAAACUUGUAUUGGUGACUGACACCAAGUCACGCUAGAAUAGCAUGUUAUCCAUGCUCGAACGGUUCUACGAGUUUCAGGGGGCUCUUCAAACGACUUUGAUCGGUUUGAAGCUGCAAUCCAAACUUAUCUUCCAUGAUUUUUGUUUUCGCUAGGUGAAAUAAUUCAAGCCCUCGAACAUGUUCAAGCUGCUGUGGAACUACUCUGCCGACGUGGCAUUUAUCAAGUUAAGCCACAGAAAUAGCCGCCGUUGGGAUGCUCUCAAAGAACGAAUGCAAGAGACGAUCAGAAAUAAUUGAUUUUGACAUUUUCUUCAAGACAUCCAUCUUUGAUUAAGGACAAGAUCUUGAAGCGUCUAAUGAUUCAUGCAUCAGAGCAGAAUGCAUAGGCAUGUGGACGAUUUUUCUGGUUUAUCGGUAAAAGAACAACUCAUUAAGAGACCGUAGCAGAGCAAAAUACUUUGCUGGUGGCAAUUACCUUGACGGCAGCAUCCUUGCAAGCAAAUCAUAAAGAUUUCUCCUACUAUGAAUCUAAAGCGAUUGAAGGCAAGUACUUGAGACUGAUUUUCGACGCUCUUGGAACCAUUCCUCCAACUUCGAUUGAACCAGAGAAAGCAGCUGGAAACAUUGUCAACAAAAUCCGAUGCGGAUUGGGAAAUUAAUUGCUCAGUAUGUUAUGUCUAUUUAAAUUUCACUUCGUCCAGCUCAACCAGCAAUGGUUUUACCUUGGGUUUUUACACUUGAAGUAUAUUAAUAAAUAUUGUUUUUCGCCCAAAAGUUUUUAUUUCUGAAAUUUUCACAAAUACCGGUUUUUACCGAUAUUACCGGUAUUGACUCCAUCAAAUAUCGAAUACCGGUAUUUGUCAAAAAUGGCCAAUACCGACCACCCUAGUAUGAACUGGCUAUGAACUCGAAAUUUUCUUACUUUAGAGCAGUUGAUGGUUCAUUUAGUGGAUUUAAUUCACAAACUGGUUUAGUCGUUGUUUUAUCUUCUAAGAAUUUUUACAAACAUGCCUCGUUUCUCAAGAAACAUUUAUUUCAAAAGCCUUCCGUGAAUUCCUACAAAAGUUCCAUCAAAGUUUCUCCAAUUUCAUGAAACGCGAUAUUGCGGAGAAGAAACCUAUUCUGUUUGUUGUCUUCAACGCCGAGCACUGAUUUAAAAAUCGUUUCAUUGUUUUGUUGUUGUAGAAACAAAAUUGCUUGAAUUCUAAAUGCCACGCCACCCGGACCGCCCACCCACCUCCCCCUACAUCCGGCCCUGGUGUACUGUGACGAUCUACUUCGCGGUCAGUCAUCUGCCCGCAUUACGUCAUCAGGUUACCGCACUCUGUUUAUCGCCCGACCCGCGACGCAAAUGCCUCUGCUGGAGGGCCAUUCAGUGCGAUCGUGCUGCUGGAUGGGGUCUCUUCGUCGGGGUCGUCGAGCUCAGUUUUCCGUCCAGCUUCAGUUUCGCACUAGCGAUUGCCGAUUCUUGAUCGCGGUCAGUCCGUUCCGCUCCGAUAGCCGCUUCCUAUGACGGCGUCUGAACACUCGCAAACCGUUUCUCUUCCCUAACACAGGAUGUUCCGCUACCAGCGUCUCCCGAGCCAGUCAAAGAUAACUCGCUCCUGCGGAGUUAUUGGGUGCACAUGAGCGCUUUUCGCAUGGCGAUAGGGUGUGCACGUCGGUCGGAGUGCUCAUGAUGGUAAUAAGACUCUGUUGAUGCAACAGCAAUGCUAAUUUAUUUUUCCCGAGAUUUCAUCAAACAAACUCACCCUUCGAGACCUUUUCAUGAUAAUUUGCGUACCACGAAGAAAUUGUAAGUUUGGAGAUGCGUUUCCACUGGAAUGGCUAUUUAAGGCAGCUGUUUCGAUAUUUAAUCUGGACGGAACGAUCUAUAAAAUUAAUCGUUGGUUGAUUGACACGAGGGAAUGAAGAUUCGAUAUUCUGCAGUUAUUAUAGGAUGUGACUAAAUUCACCUUCUAGAAUGUUUUCUCAGCACUGGCAGAAAUUCAGAAAAAAAUAUCAAGGAUGUCAAAUGAUUUCAUAUUUUUAAUACCUCGAUGAACUUUUAGAUUUCCUGAAGUUAACCAAAGUUUAAAAAUCUUACAUCAGAUCCUCUAAUUUAAUUGACAUUGAUGCAGAUAUCUGGAUAGAGGCAAUGACUAACUUUGAACAUAUGUAAUAUAACGCGAACUUAUAGAAUCAUUGUCAAUACGCAGAGCUGUUAACAGGUCACUUUUUACUUUUUCUUCCAGUCAACAGGUUUGUCUUUCUGUCUACGGCGAAAACCAAGUCAUUUUACGUAUUUUUUGCAUUUUUGACAUCGGAGUGGUAAAUAAUUUGAUAUAUUAAUGUGACUACCAACUCAUAAACCAUAAACUCUGCUAUAGUGAUGCAGAAAUAUUUAGCAGAGCGUUCAAUUCAGUAAAAUGCUACAUUUAGACAAGGCAAGUGAAUUGAGCAAGUCGCUUGAAUCGAACGCGAACUGAACGUGUACACCUUAAUUCAAUUCACUUGAACGAAAAGAAAGUUGAACAUGUUCAACUUUUGGCAAGUCAAUUGAAUUCAACUGAGUUGUUCAAUUCACUUGCCCUGUCAAAACGUAGCAUUAUUCAUUGAAUGAAAAGAACAACUACAUCAAACAAAUUAUGCUACGUUUUGACAGGGCAAGUGAAUUGAACAACUCAGUUGAAUUCAAUUGACUUGCCAAAAGUUGAACAUGUUCAACUUUCUUUUCGUUCAAAUGAAUUGAAUUAAGGUGUUUACACGUUCAGUUCGCGUUCAAUUCAAGCGACUUGCUCAAUUCACUUGCCUUGUCUAAACGUAGCAUUAAUAUCAGAUUUUGCUAUUCAAUUAGCUUUAACAUCAGCAUUGGGAAAUUCGCACAAUUUCGUAGGUAAGCCUGGAUUAUUGCAUGAGGGUAGCAUUACUUUAAUCCGUUGAGACAGAUAUUGAGUUAGAAAUCAUUCACGUUCAAUCACGUGAAACACAGAAAGAACUAAGACAGAGGUUCAAAGUAGUAAAAGGACGAGCUUGGAAGCCUUUAAGCCUUUUCCUGCGGCCCGCGAAGGAUUUCUGAGAAUACACUACAUGUGGCCCAUUGAUAAGCAUUAUAUGACAGGAAAAGCUUUUUAUCAUUUCAAAUAUUUCGUUAUACUUGGGAGCCUGUCAAUUUCAUAUCAUUAUGAUGUUGAAGCAUGAUAUAGAUGUUAUGUAGAUCGACAGCAGAUAGAUUUAGAUGGGAUUUAAUAGUAGCAAGUCGCAGAUUUAAUGGAACUAAAGGUUGAACUACAGGUAAAUGGUAAAGGUAAAAAUAAUGUUAUACACUGCUCCGUAAUAAGAAUGCUUUUAUUUUUCAAAAUAGGUUUUAGGUUUUAGCGAAAUUGAGCUGAAUUUUUUCUGGGUUUUUACUCCCUGAAAAUACGUUGACUAUCAACUAUGGAUUCUGUUCGAAAUAUUAUUCGAAUUCUGAAAUUCGCUGAUACAGAUUCUGUUAAAAACCUUCAAACGGAUUCUAUUCAAAAUUUAAAACGGAUUAUGUUCAGAAUCUUAAUCGGACUCUAUUCAAAAUUUCAAACGAACUCCGAAAGGAUACUGCUCCGAAUCUCGAUCGAAAUUCUGUUCAGAAUCACGAACGGAUACUUUUUAGAAUUGCUAUCGGAUUCUGUUUGAAAUUCCGAACGGAUUCUGUACAGAGUCCCAAGCGGAUUCUUUUCAGAAUCUCAAACGGACUCUGUUCAAAAUUCCGCAUUCCAGGCGGAUUCUGUUUAGAAUCUCGAAUGAAUUUUGUUCAGAAUCUCGAGCGGAUGCUGCUAAGAAUCCCAUAUGGGAUUUUUCUCAGAACCCUUCGUUAUUUGCUACGACAAGUUAUAGUUAUAGCACAAUAAACGUCAACUAUAAAAAACAUGAGAUCGAAAUUACAGAAUCGAUCGACAUAUGAUCAUAUGGAAAACCGCUUAAAAUAUGUUCUGCCAACUGAGCCAUAUUUUGGUGAAGUUUCGUGUAAAGUCCUCUACUGCAAAAAGUGUACUAAAGACUAGAAGUCAGCUACGGUGAUAAAACCUGUAGAACGAAAUGUCCUCACAAGUACAUAUUUUAUUUGAAAAAGAUUCACAGGAAUAAAAUAUUUAGUACAAAUAUACAAUAUUUUGUAAUAUGCAAUAUGGACUGAAAAACAAAUAUUGCAAAUAUACUGCCCCGCUUCAACAGCUCAAAUUCUCUGUGCGGCCCUUGAUAGUAAGCUUGCUGGGGACCACUGGACUAAAGACAUCAUUAUUCAUUACCGUCAUUAGUGUUGAGGUCGAAGUACGUAUACUUGUAAAGAUUACAAAUAAAUAAUUCAUGCCAAGUGAAGACAUUCCACUAAAUAAGAACACAAUUAUCAUUUUAUCGGUUUUGUUGAAUAAUGUUUUGGCAAUUCAUAAUUUUUGUGGAAUUUAUUACUCCUUCAAAUUGACAUUUUCGGCCAAGAGGGAGACAUAAUUUUUGAAAAUAAUUUGUAUCGACCUUAUUAACUUAAUAUAAAAGUCAGUUUUUUUCACUGCAAAUAAAAUUAAAAGUCACUAUUUAAUCCCUUUUUCAACAGUGUUGGUCACUAAAGUCACUAUUUUGAACGGCAUUGACCGCUACCAGCCCUGGUAACACAAAAUUGGGACAUUUUAGACCCCCUCACUUUCCCUCGUAACAUUUUUGCCUUUCUCGUAUACAAAUUAUACGUAAAGGCUAUAUGUUCGCUCCAAAAACAAACUUUUUAUAGGAGGCUCGGAGACCCAUAGUGUUAUAUACCGAUCAACUCAGCUCGACGAAUCGAGGUGAUGUCUGUGUGUGUGUAUGUGCGUGUGUAUGUGUGUGUAUGUGUGUGUAUGUGCGCAAAAAGUCUAGCCCACUUUUCAGGCACAUAGCCCUGACCGAUUUGCUCGCAACAAGUUGCAUUUGACGCAGAAACCUGUCCCAUUGUUUCCUAUUGACAAUUGGCCGGAUCGGACUAUGGGCUCAGAAGUUAUGGUCAAAAUACUUUUUCUCUCAAAAAAGCGCGUAAAAAUUUAUAGCUCACUUUUUUAGCACUUACCCUCAACCAAUUUCCUCGCAACAGGUUGCAUUCGACGCAAAAACAUGUCCCAUUUUUUCCUAUUGAAAAUUGGCCAGAUCGGACUAUGGGCUCGGUAGAUAUGCCCAAAAUAUAUUUUUUCAUACCAAAAGUGCGUAGAAAUUACUCACUCGAAAAAAAACGAGAAAGGCACCAUCACCGCUAGGUGGAUUAAUCUGGGUUUUUAUUAAAUGAUUUAAAUUAUUUGUAUGAACCGCAACGCUCGAAUUGACCACCUCCCUCCCUCCCUGCCUCAACAGCGCUACGUAAUUUGUGAACAGUUCCUAUCUAUUUAGGUCAGCUAUGAUUUUCUUCUUUCUUCUAAUACUUGUGACACAUAUAUGAUACCAAUAUCACUGUACAGCAUAAAAUCAUAUGUCUGUCACCCAAAAUCACGCUGGUAUCACGAUAGCACGAUGAUUUCCGUACCCUGCCCUUCGACCGUUGUAUUGUACGAAACAGAACAUAAUUUGUUGUUUGAAAUGUCAAAUACGCCGUUUGACAUAUGAAAUAAAAACAAACAUUUGCAAGCUGACUGAGUAAAAAUCGUUUUUCUGCAAUUCCGGGUGAUAUUUUUCGCAACAUUGGCAAAAUAAUCAUUCGUAAGCCCAUUAUUUGCUACAAUUGGGUUGUUUAGAGGUAUAUAUGUUUUUACAUAUUCAGAAUCUGCAUAAAAAACUGAGCCUAAGCCCAGGAACAAUUUUUAUUUUGCAUUUUAAAUUUAUAUGGGACUAAAAAAUUGUUCUUAUGCUGCAUGGGCCAACUGUCAUUCUAUUGAUUGAAAUGGCUUAUUGUUUACUGUAUAAAAAUGUAAAUAAAAAGUUUACAAACAAAAUAAAAAUUUGUUGGAGAUCAGCAAAGCAUGCUCUUUAUGUUAGACCAGCGGUUCUCAACCUGGGGUACAUGUACCCCUGGGGGUACCUUCGCUGGUCCCAGUGGGUACCUCGGACAAAAAUACGUAAUGGCGGACGUAUUACAAUGAGGGACCGACUGUUUACUUCGAUGAUAUUUACUUCCAGGGUGCAGCAGCCGUACAAAUUGUAGAUAACAACCUUCCGUGCGCCAUGUUUACGGUACUCGUCACUGAGUAACAAUACCGGCGUUUCUAUCUGUGUUGUUAAAUCUGCUACUCUAUGUUUUGAGAUUUCUCACAAUUUUCACCAUGAGCUCAUGGAAGAAUGGUAGUUGGAAAUAAUAAAAUGUAUGGGAAAAUCAGGUAUUUUGCAAAUUUAUGGAAAAUGGUGGUGUUUUAGAAGAAAGUAGUGAUAAGGGAUGAAGUAUGAGGUGGAAAGAUUAUCUCCUGCACUUAUUGCACUGAUUAGUAGUCUAAUAGUGAUGAAAUUUCGAUUUCACUACCACUGAAAAAACGCCAUCUCUUGCAUUAAUCGUUUUGACUGGUACCUUAUUACAAUCGAAACUUAUUCUAAGCAUUCACCCAGACAGCUCGAAGGCCUUCUUCCAAGAUGUUCAGAAGCCUUCUUUCGAGAGGCUUGGAAGCAUCCUUUCAAGAUGCUUGGAAAACUCCCUUCAAGAGGUUUGGUAGCCUCCUUUCAAGAGGCCUGCAAGCCUUUUUUCAAGAGACCCGGAAACCUCGCUUUGAGAUACCCGGAAUCCUCUUUCCAAUAGGCUCGGAAGCCUCCUUUUAAAAAGGUCGGAAGCCUUCUUUCAAAAAGUUCGGAAGACUCCUUUCAAGAGGCUCGAAAGAUUCUUUUCAAAAGGCUCAGAUAACAACUUUCAAGAGGCCGGAAGCCUUGUUUUAAGAUGCCCGGAGGUCUACUUUCAAGAGGCUCGGAAGUCGCCUUUUAAAAGAGUCGGAAGACUUCUUUCAAAAAGCUCGGAUAGCUCCUUUUAAGGGGCUCGGGAAGCUAUUUUUAAGAGUCUCGGAAGACUCCUUAUGAGAGGCCUGGAAGCCUCGCUUCAAGAGACCGGAAUUCUCAAAAGCCUCAGAAGCCUUCUUUCAAGAGACUCGAAAAGUUCUUUUCAAGUGGCUCGGAAGCCCAUUUUCAAGAGGCUCGGAAGCCUGUUUACAGUAAGCUCAGAAGCCUCUCUCCAAUAGACUCGGAAGCAUUUUUUCAAGAGGUCUGAAAGCCGUAUUCUAAGAAGCCUGUAAGCCUGCUUUCAAGAGGCUGAGAAGCUUCUUUUCAACAGACUGGGAAGCCUCUUUUCAAGAGGCCGGAAUCCUUGUUUUAAGACGCCCGGAAGUCUACUUUCAAGAGGCUCAGAAGCCGCCUUUUAAAAGGGUUGGAAGCUUUUUUUCAAAAAGCUCGGAUGGCUCCUUUCAAGAGGCUGCGGAAGCUUCUUUCAAUAGGCUCGGAACCCUCUUUUUAACAGGCUCGGAAGUCUAUUUUCAAGAGGCUCGGAAGCUUAUUUUCAAGAGGCUCGAAAGCCUAUAUUCAAGUGGCUUGGAAGCCUAUUUUCAAUAGCCUCGUCUUCCAACAAACCCAGAAGCCUGCUUUCAAGAGGCUGGGAAGCUUCUUUUCAAGAGGCCGGAAGCCUUGUUUUAAGGCGCCCGCAAGUCUACUUUCAAGAGGCUCGGAAGCCGCCUUUUAAAAGGGUAAGAAGCCUUCUUUCAAAAAGCUCGACUCCUUUCAAGAAGCUCGGGAAGCUCCUUUCAAGAGGCUUGGAAGCCUCCUUUCAAGAGGCUUGUAAGCCUCCUUUUAACAGGCUCGGAAGCCUAUUUUCAAGAGGCUCGCAAGCCUAUUUUAAGAAGGCUCGCAAGCCUAUUUCCAAGAAGCUCGGAAGCUUAUUUUCAAGAGGCUCGAAAGCCUACUUUCAAGUGGCUCGGAAGCCUAUUUUCAAGAGGCUCGGAAGCCUCCUUUCAAGAGGCUCAGAAGCCUCCCUCCAAUAGGCUUGGAAGCAUACUUUCAAGAGGCUCAGAAGCGUCCUUUCGAGAUGCAAAGGAAGCCUCCUUUUAAGUGGCUCGAAAGCCGCCGUGCAAGAGGCUCGAAAGCUAUUCAAGAGGCUCAGAAGCCUCUUAUCAAGGUGCGGAAGCCUACUUUUAAGAGAUUCAAGGGCUUGGAAUUGUCCUUUCAAGAGACCUGGAAGCCUACUUUCAGGAGGGGUACCUCAAUUAAUGCAAUAGUUUGAAGGGGUACCUCUCAAGAAAAAGGUUGAGAACCGCUGUGUUAGACUAUAAAAAACAUGUUUCAUAUUUUUCUCUCCUGAACAACCCAAUUACGCUCUGAAGAUGUCUUUCUUCCGGGAAGACCGUCACUUUUGCAUGAUAUUCAAUGGUUUGAGUUCUGUAUCGUGUGAUUUCGAACAUUUUGUGCAAGGAUCCCAUGGGUUUUGAUUGGAAUGAGGUUUGGGGAUUGGGAAGAACGCGGGAUCUUUGAUUUUCCAUUAGUCAGCAUCUACUUUUUUAGAUGGGUAGAAUGUUUUUUACCGUUGUUUUGGACAAAUUUGAAAUUUGAUCUAUGAGCCAAUUGAACGGUGCUGGCUUUAUUUUUCAAAAUGUCCAAAUGAGUUAAACGAUCAGUGCCGUUUGCACUGAAAUCACCCCAAACCAUAGAACAGAGUGACUAACGUCCGCAGAAAUAAUUGCCCUGCGGAAUAUUUACAAGAACUCGCAUAUUUCUGCUAAAAUACCUGUACGAAGAAUUGGAAAACUAUUAUGUUUUCAUAUCGAUGAAUGACGCGAAUUCACAAUUUAUUAAAAAAAAUAUGGGUAAAUAUUGUGUAAUACUCAUAAAAACUAUAGUAACAGUUUAAGAUUUCUAUACAUUUUGAUGAAACAUAUAGUUUUGGAAAGCGGUAGAAACAGCUGACAAAAAGAUACAACGGUGCUGGAAAGAAAAGAUGUGUGUCAUCUUGUUACUGUACGCGUACAGCGUGAUACGAAAAUCAUUGUGCGGAAAUCAUAUGUCUGUCGAUAGUAUAAAAGGAACCUCGAAUACAGAGCACAGAAUUGAGGAAUAUUGGAACCAGUUUAUGUUAUUAUUGUGCCUUGCAGCAAAAUGCCAACUUUCGUUACCAUUUUCCAAGGCUCUCGUAGUUGUGUAAAAUUUAUCCGCAGUAUAAAAAGCACGUGCUAUCAAAGCAUUUAUCGCCAUAAUCCACAACGUGGCGACCAACAUUUCAAACAAAUCAAAGUAGCUUGUUUGUAUGGUUUCUUUAGGCAACUAUCUGCACUGCACUGUAUCACAUGGCAACGCCGAUGUCCAGCAAAGAUUUUCUACGUAUUGAGAUCUUUCGGAAACGAUGAUCUUAUCCCCCUUCCAAGAGAACUAUUUAGUAGUAUCAAAAGUUAGGCAAAAUUUGAUUGUAUUGCAAAAUACUAAUUUCGCCCCUUAGGGAUAUGGCAACACUAAUAAACAGUCUCCGUUUAAAAAUAAUAUGGGACUGAUAAAGUUUUGAUAUGAUCUGAUUUUGUUAACGAUUUCCAGCGAAAGAUUUUUGCUCUAAUUCCUAUCAUAAGACAAGUAUUGUAUUAACUCGUUUCAUGACAGGUGAAGACAUUUUACUGAAGAGGUUCGAAGAACGGUUUUAUUUUAAUCGCUCUUAUUGCUGCGGAAAACUUCGCGGUCAUCCAAUUCACCGUUUUGCGGAUCAACAAAAUAUUGACGAACAAUAUUGCCAACGGUGCCCAACUCUAUUCCUAACCCUACCAUAAAUCAAUGGAAUGAGUGCGUGCUGACCACUAUGUCGCUUAAUCCAUUUAGAGAACUACAACACCCUGUUUGUGUGUUCCAAACAGAAUUUCCCUUUCGGUGGACUCUACGGAUGGGUGCGAGGUAAUCCAGUGACAAUGGAUCCACCCCCUUCCACCUGAAAAGCUAGUGUAAUAAUUAUUGUAAUUACAAAUAGCGGCGGCCAUAAUUAGCUGAAGUAACAAUACGCACCUAAACACCCCCUGAGGCAGGCCACCAUUGUUUCCAUUGCAUUGUCAGCCCAUCCGGUGCUGCUUGUUGGAGGUGUCAAAAAAGACUUGGAUCCCCACUCAACGCACGUAUCGACAAUCUGGAAAUCGAAUCCAUUCUCGGGAGCAUGUGUUACCACGCGAACACAAAGGAAGCAACCCCCAUCCCCUUUUCACUGUGUCAGGCAGUUCAAAGCGAAACACCACGCGUCUCCAUGGUUCGUUCUUCCCACCUUCGCCCAAGCAACCCACAUCGGCGGGGGUGCCCGGUGGAGACGCAUCAUAUUCCAAAGCUCCCGGACUUCAAACGGACCUGGCUUUGUUGUUCGACCGGUUUGAACUGUCGGAGUUCCAUGGAAGUUGGUCCCACGCGCUAAUUGCAAAAUUAUAUCCUGCGAAACGCGCAAAUAAAUAAUUGGAAUCGAACCAUUUCCAGCGGCGUUGUGUCGGGUGGUUGUUAAUUUGAACAGCGUCUACCGCCACCGACUGGCACUAUCAGAUCAGAGCCUUAGUUUGGAGCCCAACCAACCAACAUCGCGCCGCGUUGAUUAUGAUGAAUUAUUAAAUUACUAAACUCCCGCAACAAUACGCGCGAGCUGUUUUUAUGCCAGCUGGCUGUGGCGGGAAAGUUUUCCGAAAUGUUCGAACGGAAGAUUUGUUGGUUUGCGAAAAUUUUCAGUGUCUCAUUCACUGUGCGCCAUUGAAAUAUAAUACGUUUGGUUAAUUCAAUCAACCGCUUAUGAAGAUUUGCUAACAGCUAUCGCGUUUAUAAUUAGUUACAAUUCCCGGAAAGCAGAUUCAAUAAUGUGUAAAAGUGUGUAUUCAACAGAGCACUACAAUUGGAUUGGAACUUAGGGCAGACCUCGGUACAUAGUUACAAGCCGAGUGCAUGGGUUGUUUAGUUGGAUUUCAAUAGUUUUCUGUUCUGUUAGUUUAUUUUACGUAUUUGUCUAGAUUUAAUUACACACAUCGUAGAACACUUUCAGUUGUUCCGUUCGCUGCUUGUUCUUUUGUAAAUAUUAUUCGUUUUGUUUCUUUUAAGUGUUCUUAUUUAUUGAACUAAUUAAACAUGCUUUCGUUUAUUGUGUUUCUGUUUUCAGUCAGUUUGUAUUUUAUAGCAAAUGCUUUUCUGUUUUCUCAUCCAUUUUCACUUUAAUUUAGUAGGGUUUUAAGUUUUACGUUUUUAUUUUAAACCAGUAAUCGAGAAGAAGACAUAAACCGUUUUUCUCGAUUAUUUUUUCUUUUCAACAAUAAACUAUCAACCAACAAUCAGUCCAAUAAGUAGGUAAAUGAUUAAAUCACUAAGCGUUUCAAGGUGUGCUGUAAUUCCGUUUUGUUGUUAUGAAAUACUUAUAGAAACGUAUGUACUAUGCUGUACUGUACACUCAGCUUCGACCUGGUGUCCUUCGGAAACAUUCAAUUAUUUGUCGUCGGUUGGAGGGUGAGCAGAAGAAAUAUUGGUUUCGAAUGAAGAAUGUGUUGAACAUUAAAUUAAUGGAGCUAUAUGUAUUAAAAGCAUUGAAAAGUAGGCUGACUAAUGACUAUUGAAAGUAAGCCGAUUUUGUAAUGAAAAAUUGUCUGUACUACAACAUUUGAGUCCAAUUUUCUUUUUUUUUUCAAUUAAUGUUCAUAAAAUUGAGGCCACCCGAAAAUAAAACCAUCUAUAUUAGUUAAUGUAAAAUUAUUCAGAGGGAUUUUCAUCAAAUUAUAACAUUAAUCAGCUAUUUUAUUUAUAAACAAUGCUUCUGUUCACCCAAAUAACCGAAAUAAGAGAAGCGAAAUGAUGAAACAAACCUAUACAGAAACAAAAAUUACGACUGAAUAAUAUUAGUAGAAAGAAGCCAGCAAACAGAAAACAAUCUACUAGAAAAAAACAUAAAAUAAAAAAAUGGAAAACAAAGAAAACCGCGAAAAAAAUGAGGAAAUUAUGUGAAUCAUUAUUUGUAGUUAAAUCAAAUGCCUGAUACUGUGAGAAACAUACAAAAAUGAAAUAAAAGUAAGGGACAGAAAAAAGGGAUUUAAGAAGUACUAAGUAAGAAGUAAGAAAAGAAGAUAGAAAAACCAACAAACUAGGCUUAGUAACACCCGGACACAGACACACAACACAAGCACACACCGUUUUGUA